UGUUGUUGUCGUUACGCCCGUCAGCCAGCAGGGGGCGCUGCACCCGACUGGCUGUGUCUACCUGAUGAGGUGUGGCUGUCCAUCCUGUCUCUGUUGCCUCUCAGUCACCUGUACGAGGUGGUUCAGGUCUGCAGCCGCCUCCACGCGCUGGCCACAGAUCACACACUGUGGAAAAGACUGAGCGUUGCAAACUCCACCCUGACGGAGCGGUGGCUGCUGUGCGUGGGCAAACGGCGUCCUCGCAGCCUGUGUCUGCGCAGCUGCAGCAGCCGCUCGGUCACCGCCUCCGGCCUGGAGAUGUUUUUCCUCCUGAGCAGGAAGACGGUGGAGGAAGUCAGCGUCACCGGCUGCAUGGGCGCUGGUCUCCAUGGCGACCACGUGCUCGCCCUGGUCGGCCGGCUGUGCGGCGGCGUGACGAGCGUGGACGUGAGCUGGAGCGGCGCCACGGACGGAGGAGUGACGGCGCUGAGCGAGGGACGCGCCGGGUUGACGCUGACGUCGGUGGUUCUGAACGGCUGUCACGUCACCGACGCGCCGCUGCAGACGCUGGUCCGGAGGCACAAGCAGAGUCUGUGCAGGCUGGAGGUGUUCGGCUGUCAGCUCCUCACGGCGACCUGUCUGCAGACGGUGUGCGAGAUGUGUCCUGGUCUUAAGCAUCUGAAUAUCGGGCAGCUGCCGAGAGUCACCAAACACAGUCUCGCCGUGAUGACGUCGCACCUUAAAGGCCUCGUUUCUCUGAAUCUCACUGGUCUAAAGGCUGUUACGGAUGCGAUGCUGGACGCUUUGCUUCAGAGCUGCGCUGCACUUCAGAGUCUGACGCUCAGUUCCUGCCCCGGAGUCACCGAUCUGACGCUGCACAACAUCGGCAAAUACACACCGUGUAUCAGAUGCGUAGACGUGAGCGGCUGUGGGGCGGUCACAGACGUAGGAGUUCAGUCGCUGACGCUGGGAUGUAAAAGACUCCAGCAGCUGGACCUCAGCUCCACCGGCACAGGAAGCAGAGGCAUCACUCUGCUGGCGAACGGCUGCAGCCAGAACCUGCAGACUGUCAAGCUCAGCUUCUGCCACAUCGGCCUAGACGACAUACUGGAGCUGUGCAGGCGCUGCAGAAGGUUGAGAGUGCUCCAUCUCUACGGUUGUCCCCAACUCCCAACUGAGAGAGACAUCAGAGACGUCAACAGUGACGUGACCGUUUCCCCGCUGUCCUGACUCACCUGCAAACAUCUGCACACAGCUGGACGUAGAAGCUUUUACGAUCAUCCCGUGUACAUGGGCUGAACAACAACAGGGACAUGUGUUGCUGUGCUGGGCUCUGAGUUAUUUGGGUGGUUCCGAUUCGAUCAGGCUCGUUAUCUUGUUCUCUUUGCUUCGUUUUUUUUAGUCACCCCCGUGCUUUUGUGAAAAACCAUAAAAAUUUUUUCACAGCAGAUCGUCUUUUACUGCUGGAGUGGGUUCUAAAUUAAUUAAGCUGUGCCGACAUGCAGGCUUCACCUGCUGCACAACGUGAUGCCAGACUGAGUGGAAGAAGAUACUGCACGCUGCAUAUAUUGUAUGCAAAUAAAAAACUAUUACAUUA